AUGGCACUGAUUUGUAGACAUGACCAUGUCCUAUGGAUGGUGAACCUGACGUCCAUGGGAGAAAAGCAACAUUACGCACUUGCUCUCUUGGACCGGUUGUUCAAACACAUCCCUGCUUGGAUGACCAUCAGGCUUUUAUACGACAUCGCAUGCCAGCUUGAAUGGAGCUGUCGCAAGUGGAAAUUCAUGGAUGACUCUAUCCUAUCUCACAUCACAUUUGCUGUUGCUGUAUUCCAUGCUUAUGGUCACCAGUGGCCAUGUCAAGUCAUCUACCACCCCAGGAAGCAAGAAGGAUUUGGCUUGUCUGAUGGUGAAGGAUGUGAAGGAUUAUGGAGUUUCCUCAAGCCUCUCAUCCCUUCCUUGUGUGUUUCAGGGAUUCAUCACUUAGACUCAAAAUCAUUGCAAGGAUUUGGACACUGGCUCCAUCAGCAUUGGAUCCACUGUCAAACAAAGAAAAAUGAUGCACUGGACCUUUUACACAACUUGCAGUUGGAUGAGGAUAUGCUCUGUCUAGAAUGGAAGGCCCAGGUUGAUCACCAGACACGACCCACACCAUGUAUAAACAAGGCAGCGGAGGUAAUCACUACCAUCCUAGCGCUGGAGAAAACACUAGAAGUUCAGGAAACCUCCAUACAUGAACUUGAGAUGCAGCUCCAUGGUGACCACGUCCCUAACAUUGGGGAAGUCAAUCUGCAGCUUGUAGAUGCUCGAUCCCAGCAUAGGAAAACUGCUGACACUCUCCGCCGUCAACAAGCUGCACUUGGAAUGGACGACAAGGAUCAACCUGGAGAGGAUGAAGAAGGACACAUAUCUUACACUGAACAUAAGCUUCAUGCAAAUACCCAGCACUUGAUCAAACACCAAGAGCCUGGCAUCCUCAAAUUACGGCGAGCACCUCCUUCUGCUGUUCCCCCUCAUAUCAUCCAGCAUGAUGGCAUCUUCCAGCUUGACGUCAAUGACGACAUCUGGCAAGACAUUGGGCUUGAUGACGACACUUUGAACCCCCCAGCAUGGCUAUUGGAUGACAUGGUUAGGAAUGGUAUCCGGCUGCAACUGGAAGUCAAUCAGUGCAAUGAGGAGGAAGCUCGACUGAUGGGGGAGAGGGCUGUAAUUCAAGAAUGGAUGUUGGCGGAGUGGGACAGUAUACAAGCUGCCUUAGAUGAAGCAGUGGCCGAUGCAGUGAUGUCUUUCCACCUUAAGUCUCAUGCAGAUGACCUUGUUGACAUUUGUGUUGUUUGGAAGAAAAAAGUUCAGUCUAAUCUGUGCACAUGGCCAUUGAGUGCGAGUUGGGGACCCUCUGACAAAGCUUUACAUCAAGCUGCUUAUAAUCAAGUGCAAUCAUCAUUUCAUGACAACAACAACAACAAUCAGAGUAUGGAAGGAGAUGGAGAGGGUGAUUGCAAGAGUGAGCUGGAGUACGGUGAGAUUGAAGAUGAGAAACUAAUAGAUGCUAUUGAAGAGAUCGCAUUAGCAGAUGAGUGUAGGUAUGGUCAGGAUAUGGAGUUCAUGGACAAUUUCAAUGACAUUGACAAUGAUUUCAUGCCUUCUUCCCCUAUUAUGUUGUUACACAAGCGGCGCCGCAUGUAG